UAUCUCGCCUUCAUCCCAACUUUCUUACCCUCUUUGCGUUCUGCUCAUCCUUCCUGCAAUCAGAGCCAUAAAUCUCAUCGGAUCAGCUUGAAUUGCAAUGGAAUUUGCCCUUUAGAAGCAAAUCUGGUCGCCCGCCCCGAGUCGGUUGAUCAAGGUCUUCCUGCGAUGGCCGAGGAUUCCGGCGAAAGAGAUUCUGUGCGAUUGCCUCCCGAAGACGAUGCCGAUGGGGGCGUCAGAGACGGGAGAGGAGUUCAUGGAGACGACGUUCGAGUGCUGGAGUGGGUGGACGGGUUGCCUAGCGGCGAAGAUCUUAUUCCCCUGUCCCAGCCGCUGGUCUCGCCGGAGUUGGCUGCCGCCUUCAGCAUCCCGCCGCCGGACCUCAAAACUAUGCUGGAUAUCCACCGCGCCACCCAGCACACUAUAUCCAACCUCCGCCGACAACAGAAUCCCUCCAAGUCCACUACAGCAGCUGCCCCUCCCAAACCCUUUUCAGCCGCCGAUCCCAAGGAAUCUUCUACCUCACAGAAGCCAUCCCGAUGCACUGACCAGGGUCUAGAAUCUUCUGCCAUGGAAACGAUUGCAGAAAUAGAGGGUGAUUCCUCCUCCCUCCCCACCGAGAACUCAGCUGAAGACAACUCUGGCCGAAUGCCGAAGCGGCCGCGGCUGGUGUGGACGCCACAACUCCAUAAGAGAUUCGUGGACGUAGUCGCUCACCUCGGCAUCAAGAACGCCGUGCCCAAAACUAUUAUGCAGCUGAUGAACGUGGAUGGUCUAACCAGGGAGAACGUCGCCAGCCAUCUGCAGAAGUACAGGCUGUACUUGAAGAGAAUGCAGGGGCUUUCUAAUGAUGGUCCUUCUUCCUCCGAUCAUCUCUUCGCUUCGACACCAGUGCCGCAGAGCCUUCAAGAACAGCCGAUGCCAUAUGCCGUGCCGACAAUGAUACCUAUGCAGGUUUACGGCAUACCGCAUCACCAUGCUCAUGGAGUGGUUCCGGUGAAUAAUCAUCUAGCCGGCCGAUUAUAUAACGGUUUUGAUUCUUUUCAACCCUAUGCGCACAAUGAUUGGUCGGGUGGAAGCAAAUUUGCCUCAAUCGUUUCUAACGCUCAUGUUUCUCCCAAUGAUAAUAAUAGAACUGGAGAAAAACGGAAGCAAUAAAUAAAUUUUCCUGGUUAAGUUUGAUUGCAGAUGCAGGACUUCUAUAAGUUUAGCUUCCUUGUGAUUCUUUCUGAGGUAUGCCCAAUACAAUUUCUACUUUAAUUUAUGAUCUAGGGUUUGAGUUCGAUUAGUGAAAAAUUGGAAACGCAUUUUCCUUAAAAAUGUUUGCUUCAUAUCUUCAAAUUCUCCAGGUUUGAAUCUUAAUUGUGUGAAAUAGCAGUAUUUUCUAGACGCUUUUAUAAACUACCUAUAAUUAGAGGCCUAUUAUCUCAGUUCUGUGUGGCUUUCAUAUUGCCUGUUUUGAGAUUCUUGCAAAAGCUUAUUGCAUUCAGAUUCUUCCCACUAUUGUAGUUAAGCUCGUGACCAUGCACGUUCAAUAAUGGACUAUUGUUCUAUCU